AAUGACAUCCACACGUAAAUCAAAGAAGGGUUUUAAGAAGCUGGAGAACCAUGAACUUGCAGAGUUUACUUCUCUGGGAAAUGGUACCCUUGGAGACAGUGGAAGUGAGACCGAUCUAUUGGACCUGACUGCAGUUGAGGAGGGGGAGUCUCGUGGCCGGUGGAACAGUUGCUGCUGCUGGUGUAGUGCUCUCUACUUUGGCUUCCUCACGUGUCUGCUUGUUCUCCUGGGUCUCUACUGCAGCUACUUGACCUUUAACCUCUGGCAGAUGACGGACACAACCGCCAACACACAUAUUGAUCUAAACUCGAGACUAGCCAACAUAGAGGGAGACAUGAACCGCUACAAGACUGAGAUGAAUAACAAAUACUCUGCACUGCAACAGGAGCUGUGGUCACUGAGGAAUACUCUCAAUCAAACAAAGAACUCGCUACAGUCGGUGCAUGGAAGCAUGGGGAAUUCCCUUAAAGACGCCAGGUCAGAGGUCAAAGUUUUGGACGAGAGGCUGAAGGUUUUGGAGAGCAAGCCACAAGAGAUGCUCAUCAAACAAGUGGAUACCAUCAAUAAAGAUAUAGGUGUUAUGAACGCCAGCAUGCGACAGCUCAACAAGUCCCUGGCAGACAUCAAAGCAGUCAAGACUCAGAUGGCAGGCUUGGAAUCCAUCACUAAUUCCUAUGACGACCAGCUCCGAAUAAUUAAGGAGAGCAUAGGGGGCGUUCGCCAGGAGAACAAGGAGAUGAAAGACUCUGUGGACGCUGCAGUCAAUACUGCUGCUGGGUUCAAGACCAGAAUAGACUCUAUUGACUCGGCCCACACCUCCUCCACCUCCCAGAUGCAACAGACCACAGACCUACUUACAGCGCAAGUGACCAGUGUGAAGUCGAGUGUGACUGCUCUCAAUGAGUCUCUAAGUCACGAAGUGGACAGCCUCUGGGCCAACGUUACCAUGAUGAACACUUCAUUGGAAAGAUUUGCCCACGGUCUCUCUGGCCUGCAGGAAAAACUUGUGCUGCUUCAAAACCAAACUCCUGACUCUUCUUCUGCUGAAACGAUGGACCACACUCCUACUGCUCCUCCACCCACCCUAACACCCUCCAGUGAGAGUGAACUGCCAGUUUCUGUAAAGGAGGAAACAGAGCCGAGUAGCAAGCCUACUACCCCACCCCUUACUACCGCACCCCUUACUACCCCACCCCCUACUACCCCACCUCCUACUACCACACCCCCUGAUUCCACUGAGUCCACGGGGGCGACAGAGGACAGUGUUCCUAUUGAUAGCGAAGUAGAGGACGAAGGGACCCCGUCAUCAUUGAUAGAUAAGGAGGUUAAACUGAUAGAGAAAGAGGUAGAGAUUGAGAGGAACAUUAAUAUUGUGGGAGUGGAGAUAAAUAAAACAAGAAAUGCAAUCGAGUUGCUUCAAUCUUUUUCUUUCAAAUUCAAUUCCCUGGACCUGGACGAUACCAAAAGUAUCGAUGCUGACGAGUUCUACAAAGAAAUACCGACUCGGCGCAUCUUCAAUAUGUUGGAUUCCAAUAAAGAUGACCAGCUCACCCACAAUGAGCUUCUUAGGAGCAUUGACGGGCUCCGUUUGAAGUUAAACGAACUGAAGAAGGAACUAAAGACCUUGCAAGGGCUAGAGGAGAUAGUGGAAGAAUCAGAAGAAGAUGUGGCCGAGAGUACCGACACAUCAGAUCCCGUCCUACAGAAAAAGUUAAUGGAACUGUACAAGUACAUAAUGACAAAUCCACAGACUGAGUGAACACAAACUGUGCCAUGAAUCAUGAAAUGUUUCCUUCUUCAUAGUAGAGCGUAAUUAUACUGAAUUUAUUAACCAAAGAUUUGUGUGAGCAUAAUUAUGUUGUACUAUUGUCUACAAUUAUUAAUUUGUAUACAAUGUCAUGUUGCAAGGAUCCUGUGUGUAUGUGCAUGUACACAUUUCACAUUACAUUGGUAUGCAGCCAAUAAUUUUCUGCCUUUUUAAUAUCCAAUUCCCAAAUGAAGAUCUUACGAAAUGUUCAGAUAAUUAUGGCCUC